GACCGCAGGAGAGGGGAGGGGAGUUUAUGAGGUCAUCUAACUUCGGAGUGCCGCAGGCAUCCGGGAUCGAGUCCGAGGAUCGCUUCGCCUGGGAAUCGCGCAGAGAAGGAUCGGGGCAGUCGAUUGUACGCCUGGGUUUGCUGCUUUCGGAAAGGCGUCCAUUUCCAAACACCAGGAUGCAUGUUUGUGGCCAAGCUUUGCGUUGCACAAGCCAUCUACACUGGUUUUUCCUGGAAAACCGGUUACCCCAAUACUGUCGAGUGAAUGGUCCACAGCUCCCCCAUUACUGGAUGAAUGAAUACACCUCGUCCAUCGGAAUUGGAGUUUUUCAUUCAGGAAUUGAAGUAUAUGGCAGAGAAUUUGCUUAUGGUGGCCAUCCUUACCCCUUUUCUGGAAUAUUUGAAAUUUCCCCAGGAAAUGCUUCUGAACUAGGAGAAACAUUUAAAUUUAAAGAAGCUGUAGUUUUAGGGAGCACGGACUUCCUGGAGGAUGACAUAGAGAAGAUCGUGGAGGAGCUGGGCAAGGAGUACAAGGGCAACGCCUACCACCUGAUGCACAAGAACUGCAACCACUUCUCCUCCGCACUGUCGGAGAUCCUCUGCGGGAAGGAGAUCCCUCGCUGGAUCAACCGGCUGGCCUACUUCAGCUCCUGCAUCCCCUUCCUGCAGAGCUGCCUCCCCAAGGAGUGGCUCACGCCCGCUGCCCUGCAGUCCAGCGUCAGCCAGGAGCUGGAGGAGGCGGAGGAGGCGGCCGCCACUGUCCCCGUGGCCAGUCCCGCGGCGGCCUCCCGGCCCGGACGCCACACCAAACUCUAACGCCCCCAAAGUCACCCCCUCAGAACUGGCUCUGACCGGUGACUGUCCCUAGAGAAGAGUAAAAGAGUAAGAAGCGUCCUCUGGGUAUUUUGUAUGCAAAGAUGGCUCUCCCCCAAAUCCCAGUUUUUCAGCUCAGGAUUAUAUUUGUAAUCAAAAGAAUCACUUGGCACAGGAGGGAGAACUUUGUCCGAAGCCACCCUCUGGUGUUUUUACCCACUUGUACAUUGGGAUCCACUUCUGUUUUCUACAAGCUCUGUUAAGUUAUGUUUACAGUAUUUUGUAUCGCUGUUUACAAACCUUGCAUGGACUCCUGCUGCCGACAAAGAAGAGACCCUUCACGUCUGAGGAACCUCAGCAGGUCACCUUGGUAUGCUCGAGACGAUUUCCAGAGCUCCAGCGUCUGUGUCGGCACACGAAGGGCAUGUGCGCGGCUCUGGUCGCCACCGCCUGCUUGAGAAUGGUCUAGGCUCACAUGCGGCUCUGUCCGCCUCGGGGCUCAUGGGGCCCGGGGCUGCGGGAGGGGCCCGCACCCCGGACCACGUCCCCCGUCCCCCCAGCCCUUGGCGGGCCGGCACAUCCUCGUGACACCUCUGAUUCUGUGGUCGGGAUGGUUUUCGUUCAAGAGGGUUCUUGCUAGGAACGGAGGGGGACUGUGGCACAUGCGUCAGGAGCUUCGUCGUUACUUACGCAUGGACUCCUCUCUCUGCACCCAUGUUGCCGGCGGGGCGCGGGCAGCCUAAGCGGUUGCCUCGUGAGUAGCAGGAGUUGACAUUCAGCUGCUUUCGAGCUGUUCAGGCUGCCUUUCACUCUAGACCUCGAGCGCCGGAGUCUGAAGGCGCCCCCUCCACAGAGCUCUCGAGCUGGGACUCCGGCUUUCGCGGGCCAGCCGGAGCACGUUGGGGCCUUUGCUUCGUCCCAGGAGGAGUCUGGCCUCCUCGUAGAAACACCUAGUCUCCUUGACCUCUCGUUGAAAAAUGUGUGUGUGUCUUAAAACUCCUCUUCUUUUGUUCUCCCCAGUGUGUCCCUCCUUCAUAACCUCCUCCGCAAAGGAAGUUGUCCCCACAGAUCAGUCCUCGUUAGCAAGGACUCUGUCUGCUCACAUCUACUCCCAGUUUGACCCUUGGAUGUAAGAGCCAAGUCACUACAUGUCAGAUUCCGUUUUUCUGCCUUAAGAAUGAAUGUCCUACAUAGAAUAUUGGGUGAGCGGAUAAAUUAUCCAAGGCAGUGACUCCAGCUUUAUAUAUAUUGUUAGUUUUAAAGUCACCUACUUUUAUUUAAACUCCUAGAUUGGAUUGUUUGCUAUUGCUCUUUGUAAAGAUACAUAUCUUUCAGUAAAGGACAUUUUUAACUUUUCCAUCAA